AUGGAAACUUUUCUCGUGGUUUUACUCUCCAUUUUCGCCUUGCAUGUUACCUCAGGUUUGCUAGAUCCUUCCCUUAUUGGGGUAGAACUUCAAAAGUUUGCCAGGGACGCGCUUGGAGUGGAAGAAAUGCAGGUGGGCUAAAUUUCUAUAUUCUCUCUCAUCAUCAGCAAUGUGUUAUGUGAUCUUGAAAAAUUUCUGCGACCUAGAGUUUGAGUCCUGCUCUUUAAAAGUUGAAGUUUGAAAUUGGAAUUUGUUAUUUCCCAUUCUUUUGUCAUCAUACAGCACAGUACAAAUGACUAUUUUGAAAAUGCCUCAUCACGUUUGAAUAAGCGCCAUGCCGGACCAAUAAAAGUUUUAAAUUCUUUAUCUCGGACUUUCUUGAACUUGAGGGCAGGUAUACUGGUGUCUCGGGAAUUUUGUUUUAAUUAAAGUCACUUUUGAUCAUAAACGUUUAAUUAUGAUAUAUUUUUUAUAUCUUUAUGUUCCUGUGCCGGAAUUGCGAAGUCACGAUUGAUCAAUUAAGUUCCUGUUUUCAUAACUAGUUCACGUCACCCAACCUAUAAAUAUUCCCUUUUAUGCAGUGAGUGACCCAAAACUCUCAAGAAGCCAAAUUGUUUUCGUUAUAAAAGCAAAACAAAACAAAACAAAAUAUUUUCUUUUAUUCCUAUGCAUUGUUCCUUGUGAAUGUAUAAGAUAGAUCACCACUAAAACAGGUUUCCGUCCUUCUCACCUAUCUUUUAGAAUUAUUUUGAUGGUCUUCAGUAUCAUAAAAGAACGAUACGGGGAGAGGUCAUUACCCCUGAACUUGCCGUCAAACUGUCUGACAAAUUUAAAGUAAGGUUUGAAGUUGCCAAACGUCUUCAAAAGGCCGUGGAGGAGUCGUAUGCCAGGACAGAGUCUGUUCAGGUAUCUCCACAGAAAGAAUGCUGUAUGGUAAACAAAUCUUCUUUGAAAUAUGAUGUACGAUUCCGUUCUAAAGUGGACAUGGACAAUGUGUGCUUAAAAAUCUCUGGCAGUGCCCAGCCAAAUCCACGCUAUUUAGAUGAAGGAGUGGUCAGUGAAAUGAAAGAUAUCUCAAGAACGUAUCCUUUUAUCAAGUGGCAAUACUUUGGGUCAGAAGAAGGAGUCAUGACCAAUUUUCCAGUGUAUGACGAUAAAGACCCUUGUGACAGAUAUGACCCUCGUUUCAGACCAUUUUACGUGGAAACUGCCACGCCUGAAGCGAAAGAUGUGGUGCUCGUCAUCGAUACAAGUGCAUCUAUGGACACAACAAAACUUACCGGCGCUAUCCAGGCUGCUAAUACAGUGUUGGAAACAAUGAACCCCAAGGACCAGGUGCGUUGUUCCUCGUCCCAAGGUUUCGGCAAAUGCAUUUGCCGAGGCUAUCAGUUUAAUGGGUAAUUUUAGUAUUAUCAACUGAGUUGAUAACGUUCAUUUGCCACCGUAAAGAGUUUCGAACGAUACUCGACGAGCAAAUAUAUUCGCAAACAAGAAUCCUUCGCUCGACAUUAUCCGUCGUUCACAGAAAUUGGCGAAAGUCUCUGAACGAGGACCGGUGGAAAAUUAAGUUAAGGUUAUCGUGUUCGGUAAAUUUGAAGCCACCGACACACCGUAAUGAUAUCGGGUUGAGCGUGAUUCCACUGUGAAUUCCUAGUUUGCAGCACCUCAUACAAAAAAAUCAUCUACUUUCCAAGGUUCUGAGGAAAAAGUUUUAUUUACAGGUAUACGACAAUAACAUUAACUAUUUGGCUAAUUUCAGAUUGGAAUUGUGUCAUUCAACGAUGACGUUUCAACACCAGGAGAACUUGGAACAAAAAGCCAUUGCUACAGUGAAAGGCUGGCCCAGGCGAUCCCAACAAAUAUCGAAGAGAUGAAGAGAUACGUACGCAACCGGAUACCACAUGGUAAGAACCUUGACACAUCAUAUUUCAAAUAUAUCAGGAAAUAUAUUAGCGCUUGAUAUCUGUUUACGGAAACGAUUACAAGUCUUUACAGUAAUUGCGCCGUGAUCUCUUCUGUUCUAUGUUUAUGACGAGGUCUACUAUCAUUGAAGUUAAAGAUAUUUUUCGGAUUCAUCAGUGGAGACUCUCAUAGGUCUUACAUCAGUUUGCUGCGUUUAUGAUCCUGUAUCGAUGUCUUAUACGUACAGAAAAAAACGCGGUAUAUCAACGAAAAAUAAACGAUUUACAUCAUUGAAAAGGAUGCUGGAAAAACGUGCAGAUUAUUGUCAAUUGCCUGCUGAAACAACAUCUUUGGCUAGAUUACCAGCUACUAUAAUCGAAAUAACUCUACGAUUUUCCCCACCCUUCCCCUACCCACUCGAGAAAGAGAUGAAAUCGAGCCGGCCUUGCACCAUCUGAUCAAAUGGCUCUUCAUGAAGUCUGUCCCGGAAAUUUUAAGCUUUGAUAUUUCCUGUCCUUCUACUUCUUGUCAUUUAUCUAUAUAGGGAAUUCGUUCUAUAUUUUACAACUAGGUGUGUUUAAAAUUAUUUAGCUAUUUUUUAAUUAAUUGGUUAAUUAAUUAGUUAUUUAAUUAUUUCAGGUUCCACCAAUUACAAACAAGCUUUUGAAAAAGCAUUCAGUCUGCUUAAGAACUCAAUUUCUGGGGAGGAGAGAAAGAGUAAGAAGAGAGUUAUCUUAUUCUUGACGGAUGGCGCUCCAGCUGAUCCCGUAAAAGAAAUUUUUCAAACCAUCAGAGAUGAAAACUUUGCGCUCAACAACUCUGUUGUUAUCCUAACAUAUGGAUUUGGAGAGGCUGACUCCGCGAUUCUUGAGGACAUAGCGAUACAAAACACACCAAAGUAUGGAAUACCUGCCAACGUCUCUGUUGGUGAUAUCACAGUAAGUUUUGACAUGUACCACCAUGAUGAACAUUUUGUUUUAGGGUGUUAACAGAUUUUUUUUCAUCAUCUCUUGCCACAAAACAUUUGUAUUAUCUUUGAACAGGAGAGAGGGUUGGGCAAACACGAAGGAAGAGAGUUUCCUUUGUCCUCGCAGUAUUGUUCACAAUUAACUUAGAGUAAAAGUCAAUAAUUCAUUAUUCUCAGAGAACUAAAAAAUUAUUGCAAAAUUAUUGUUUCUUAGCCUGGAAGAUACAAAUUCGUGCAAGACAUAAACAACUUGAGAGGUGAAAUGGCUAAGUAUUACAAUUUGUUUUCGCUGGGGAUCCGGUUCGAUCCAGUUGUAUCUGUUCCGUACAUUGAUGCCUUUGGAACAGGUAACUAUCAACCCUUCCAAUGUUCGAUUUUAUUAAUCUGUUUUAAUUUCUUUUGUUAUCUUUUGAUGAUAUCAUAUAAUUUUUUGGUUAUUUACGAUGUUUUGCAGGACUUUUGAUGUCGAUUACCCUGCCCUGUUUUCAUAACGGAGAAUUUAUCGGUGUAACAGGCACUGACAUCAAUAUUGAAGACUUGUUAUCAGACAUAACUUUUUUCAAUCAAGGCCAGAGUACUUACGCGUUCAUGAUCACUAAUUCCGGUAGGACCCUCAUACAUCCUCUUCUCCCAGAGCCCACUCACGCUUACGGUGAGCCUGUUUAUUUGGACAUCAGAGCCUUGGAACCAGAGAAAGAUUUCAUCGAAGUCUUUGAGUCAAUUCAAAAGUAAGCAAGAAUGUUUCAAUCAUUUAUUUCCAUCGUUUAUCCACAGCAAAGCUCACAACUUCGAAAUGAGUCUCGCUGUCAGUCCAUGUCCAAUGAACAGGACUUAGUUUUAUAAUUCCUUGUACAUGGGUUUGAGGUAUAUCUUUCCAAAUAAAGAGUGGCUUAAAGGCUUUGAUUUCCUUUUAUUCCUUACGGAUUUAAGAAAUUUGACCGUAAAUAAGGAAACUGGUGGUCAAUCUGAUAAAACUCUUGGGUUCUUUAGUUUUACACGCACUAUAUUCUUCUGCCCACUCAGGAGAAUUGGAGGUUCGAAAACGUAUGUUGCAAAGCGAUUUUUGCCACGAGGUGGAACAGAAAAGGAGGGAGUGACAAUGAAGGAAGUUAAUACUACAUAUUUCUGGACACCAAUCGAGGACAUCGACUUCUCUCUUGGCGUCGUAGUACCAGUAUCCCAUUCUAAGGAUGAGCUAAGUUCGCCUUCAAUUUCAAGCGGUAAGUUUUUUCUAGACUUAACCUUUUUGCCUACAAUAAACUUCCUGUGUCCUUUUUUCAAUUUUUCCUUGCUUGAGAGAGAGAUUUUCAAAUUAAGCUCGGCCUAAAUUUUGAUGAGCUACGAAUGAAUUCAGUAUUUCUCAGACUCAUUCUCUGCAUGGACGUUAACUUGAAAGCAAGCUGGAGAAAAUGUACAGCAAAUAGUAAGAAAGGCUGUAAAGGAUAUUGAGGUCUUUCAUAAAUACCUACUUCGUUGUAGGAAAAGUAUAAAUCUGAUUUAGUAAUGGAACAGAGUUGUUCUUCGUGUUUCCCGUCUGCGGGUCGAAUAUGUAUUUCAGAUGGUUUAGCUGGUUUUGGGUUUCACCGCGCAUUCUUGACCUUAUCUGUAGGGAACAUGAACAUGACGAUAGGUAUAAUAAUAGACUAAAUCUUGCUGCUAUUUCUAUAGGAUACAAGUUUGAUUACCACCGAAUCGACUUAUACAAUCCUGGAAAACUAUGUUCUCAUUUUGGAAUUACCGCGACAAAAGGUAAACGAGGCUAUUUCCAUCCGAUUGUUACUAAUCUUAACUAUUUGUGAUUUGUUUUCCCGGAAAAAAACACAGUAUAAAUAAUGUGCUUACGAUUUUUUUGAAAUAUCUCAAAGGCAUUUAUGUUUUAUGAUAACCCUUUUCAGUUACCUUGGCCAUGUAGAAACCGGGAUCACCAACCGCUAGCUGCAUAGGUCCCAAUUUAUUUCAAAAACUGCUCGUUCUUAAUGGUCCCAAGUUUACACAUUAUGCACUUUGUCUUUGAUAGACACAACAGUGGUCAAGUUUGCUCCAGGGGCGUACAAAGACCCCUACAACUACAUUGGUAUGGAUGAAACAAAAGCUGAUAUUGAGCUAUUGAAUGCUUAUAUGAAAGAUGAGACAGGAAGAGUAACCAAUCCUGGCCUGAAAAAUGAUAUCAGGGGCACAGUGAGAGCAACAUCGAAAGUGGAAGACCUGUGGCUGCGUGAAAAAACUGACCUCACACAGUAUUUGGUUUGGCGUUACAUUGGGACAUCAAAUGGAGUUUUCAGGUUCACUCCAGGCACAAUUGAAAACAAACUUUACGACCCAAGACAGAGACCCUGGUUAGUAAGGCAAAGUUUCCAGUCAUUAACAAGAGUCUAACCUUGCAUUUCUUCCAUACACUCGUUGAAUCGGGUUUAUCAGGUCUUCGUGUCGUAUCAAAAACUGGCCAUAGCUUUUGAAAAUGUACUUCUAUUUUUCAUCAGGUUUGUACUUUACUCUAAUAGACACAGCUGAACAACGACCACCUCUUAACAGUCCAUAUAAAUAGAAUAUAAAUUAUAUUUACAACCAGCACCAUUCGUAUUGUGGCUCGGUUAAACGACCGUUAUGAAGUACAUUUAUAAAGUCAUAUUUUCGACAACGUUUCAAUUAAAAUCAACCUCUGAUGAUAAACAUUUGUUAUUAUGACUGGAUGAGUUGAUCCUUAUAAAGAAAGAACAUAAUUAAAUCUUUGAACUGAUUUGCAAUCCUUUUAGGUAUCUUACCGCCCUGUCUCACACAGGACUGAUAGCUCUUACAACUCCAUACUUUGAUUUGGGAGGAGCUGGAGUAGUGAUAACCGCUGGCAGAACCUUGUAUCGCGGAGAGUCGAGUCACGUUCACAGUACCAAUGAUGAAGUGUUGGGAGUUAUGGGGGCUGACUUUCCCAUCACAUAUUUCCAUAGGUACAUAACUAUUAUAUAGUCGUUAUAUCAUCUUGUUACUAUGAGAAGCUAUCUUAAUCACGAGAAAUUUCUUCUUAAGGAAAUACCUGCUCUAACGUGAAAGAAACUACAAAACAUAAGCAUGGUAAGACAGAAAAAAUCCCAAAAUUUGACGUAAACCUUAAACAAGGCACGUAGUCAAGCAGGGAAAAGACCGCCGUGAAUUGCAAACAGGCAAACUUGAAAACGUUUCGCGAAAUUUUUAAGAUGUAAAACUGUUGGAGAAACAAGAACGCAACAGAGAGAACAUGGAGUCUCACGAUUGAAAUAAACACUUUCUUCAAACGUUCCCCAAUAAUAUUUCAUAACAAGUGUCUUCAUAAUGUACCUCAUUAUAUUUAUAUCUCAUUAAAUACAGGUUACUAACUGAUGUGUAUCCAAAAUGUAAGGAGACCAAAUCAUACUCUUGUUUCGUGAUGGACAGCGCUGGCUUUCUUAUCAUGCACGGGGACUUCUUACUUCCCUCGGCUACAGCGUCAGACGUACAAUAUGUGCAUAUCACAGAGAAAGAAAAACACAUCGCCGAAGACCUCAUUAAGAAAAAUUACUUGAUAAAAAAGGAGUGCCGCCAUCUGGAUGAGAUUCAGAAGCAAAGCUUUUAUGAAGUUAAUCUGACAAAAAUUGGAGUAGAUACUCUUACAAGUGAUGUAAGAUGCUCGAAAUACCAGCUAAGACAAAUCAAAGGAACCAAUUCCUACCUAGGUAUGUCAUACUUUAAACUGUUUCGUCAGGCCCGAGUUCUCUCCGAGUCCGUCUUUCCAUCUUUCUCUGUUUGUUUGUUUUCCUUCUCUAUGACUCUCUCUGUCUGACUCUCUUUGUGUCCUUCCUUCAUCCUUCUCUGUUUGUCUGCUUAUUUCUGUAUCAGUUGGAAUAACUUAACACUUUUUUAAAUUCACAGGAGUUGCUAUAAGAGACUCAUUUUGCCCCCCAGAGGCAUGUCCCUGUUCAUCAGAUAACGAGUGCUUUCUUCUUAACCCUACGUGCGAGUGCCCUUGCACCUCCCGCCUGGAGUUUCAUUAUUGUCGCAACCUUUUCCCCGAAAGCAGGUUAGUUGCUGUAGGCACCUUGAAGCAGUUUGAUAAAGCUAACAUUAACAUGCAUAUGGUGAAACACUCAAUACUAUAGAAAUCAAUUUAUGAUCCUUAAGAUCAAUAAUCAAAAUUCGCUGUAUGCCCUGUAGACCGCGCUUCCAAAUGAAAUGGUUACAAAAACUUCCGAUACGAAAAACUUGAAAAAUCAAGAAUACAGUCUUUAAUCGGUGUAUUAUAUUAUAUGGAAUAUACUGUUUAAGCCAUUGGUCAACGCUGUCACAAUUACGCGUAUAAUUUCACCUAACUUAUUCAUUCCAAUCUCCAGCCUCCCAAUCUGCCCACCUCCAUUACCAAGUGCUAAACCAACGAGUGACUCUACCCCUUCCUUUCCUUGCACCUCCGGAUCUGGGUUAGAAAAGUGUUUCAUUCCUCACUGUGGUGAAAGGAACACUUCACAAGAGUGUGAAGGCGUUGUGGGAUGCUACUGGUGCAAACACGACAAGGAUGAUAUACCACUGAUUAAACCGUACUGCGCUGCUGCUGAGGUGUGCUUCAGAGGAAAGGAAGGUCAGCCUCUACCUUAUUUGAAUAUAAUUGGUCAACCGAGAGAAUCAUAUUUAUCAGCGCUCCUAGGGUUUAACUCCCACUUCUACCCUUCAGCUGCUGCAGAUUUCAUAUUUUACAGGAUUACGAGAAAUUAAAGUUUAAUUAAUUUUGUCUGUUCCCACUACCUCAUUAUGCUCGAUCACGUAUCGAAAUUGCAAGGAGACUGACGUUGCUCGUGUGUCGCUUGAAAGUAGAUAAAACGAGAUUUUUAACCUUUUUAAUCGACAAAUUAUUCUAAGAAAGCGCCUUAACAAUUUCCUGUAAUGCCGUUCAUUUACAGUUGAACAAAGAUUGUGUCCAACUGAUCUUCAAGGUCCAAAACCAUCAAGCCCUAUCGAUCGAAAAAACAGCAGUAAACUGAGCGAUGAUGAUGAUUCGAAUCAGUUGUCGUCUGGAGCUAUUGCUGGGAUUGUCACAGGAUGCUUGUCUGCUUUAGCUGUGGUAGUAAUAGUUUCGAUCUUGGUGAGGACUGAACAUAUAUCUGAACACUUUAUAUAUAUUUUUAUGGGUUUGAUCCUGUUACGGUAGGAAUGAUGAUUUGUAAGAUACAUCUAUUCGUUACUACCCAAGACUAAGAAUAAAGGCAUUCAUUCCUAUUUUUAUCUUUUCAAAUUUUAUAAAUUGCAUUUUCUUUAUGUUGAUUGUAUGUUUAUCUUUAUUAAAUUUCGUUGUCAGAAAAAUGGAAUACUUGCAACCGACGACCACGAGACGGAUAGACAUUUCACAAAUGGCUGAUGUGAAAUUUAUUUUACUUUUUGAUUUAUACCAAUUUCGUAGCUUAGCAUCUUUUUCCUUUAAUUUUUUUCCCAGGUGUUAAGACAUUUUCGUAGCUACAGUCAACCACCCACCAGAAAGGACAAUAGCGCAUCCACGGAAUACAUCAUAGAUCCUGAAAACCCCGAGAACACCUCUAAUAUCACUAAACGUCCACCAGCACCUCUUCCUAUAGAAGCCCAGACUCAAUCUUCCGACUUCGAUGAAUAUUAUGAAGAACCUGACGAUCUAAGGCGAUCCCACCAAGCUUCAGUUGAUUCCACUCCAUGGCCAGCACCCUAUGAAGAAAUAAGGGUCCGAGAAAGUAGUAACCCACCACCUACACCAGAAAGGAAACUAUCCACUGUAACAACUCGAGGUUUUCAUCGAACUACGAGCCUUCCCCCUUCUACUAAUGACGGAAGAGGGAAAACUCUUGGAAAUCAUUCUGUAGCUCGAACGGUGAGCACAUCUGCGACCCACUCCUCUGGGGCAAGGUUCAUUGGACCAAUAAAAAUGCAUUCAAUUGAGAGCAGACUGCCUGAGAUUCCGGAAAAGCAGCGUCCAUCUGUUGUACCCCCACAACCGUCCAUCUCCGAGGAAAAGCUUUCAAUGGAAGAUAAACCACCACAAACUGUUUCUCCUAUUGUUCACGACAACCAAGAGCGUCCUUAUGGAAACAUAUCUCAAAUGUUACCUGCUCAGAAUCACUCGUUAGCAACCAGCGCGUUGUCGUCUACUGAUGACACAGCAACGCAAGAUACGUUGCAUGAACCAAAUCUUCAACAUCGUGAUAGUGGGGGUUCUAUUUCCCUUGAUCCUGAUGGGUAUAUAGAAUUUACCGGUGAGAUUGCGGCCGUGCAGGACAUUUAA